UGAAUGGAAAAGAGAAAUAUAUUUUGUAAAGUACAACAGCUGAAGCUGUAAAACGAACCAACCAUGAUGGGAAAUCAGUAUAUAUUUUCGCGGGAGCGUGGACGCUUCGGUCGGCAAUGCCUGUUCUCAGACCGUAACGAGCUACUCCUGAGCGUGCACCCAAAUGGACGGCUCCGCCUGAAGUACAUCCUGCGCAACCCGUGCGACAUGACGACACAGUUGAGCAAGCAGAUGGCCCUGAGCACCGCGUUGACAGAGAACGUAUCACUGGACCAUCAUGGGAUGUACCACUACGAGGGCGGAUGGAACGUGAAGGAGGUGAAUAUACUGGACGAGGAGUCCACGAUGCGCUACCGCAAGAAGGUGGAGCGCGACGACUCGUGGGGCGUCGAGGUGGGGCAACUGCUGCGGGAUUGCAUGAAAAUGAGCUCACAAAACAAUGCCAUCAACAUUUACCAAGACUACUUCGCUGACCUGGACGAGGAGCUGUGCAGUGGCAUUAAAAUGAAGAUCACGGCCCGGGGCAUUAACAUCUUCCACGACUUGUGGUUUCCACCCCGAUACCUGGCCAUGUGCGAGUGGAUGCCCAACAAUGACAAGCAGUUUCUGGCCACAUUUAAUAACCGCAGGCGCCUAUUGAAUCCGAACCAGAAAGCAGUUACUCAGUUUCCUGACUUGGGCAACGAGAACGCCUUGUAUCUGUGGGAUAUCAAAGAUCCUACGCGACCGAUCGCCUACUUUGACUCCGACGAGAUGGUUUCGCUGGCCAAGCUGUGCCCCAAGGACGAACACUUUAUGGUCGGAGGCCUGAGCUCGGGCAAGGUUUGCCUCUGGAGUGUCCCGGAGUUCGGCCAGGCCAAGCAGAUGUGCCCGCUGGAGGCGGCUCACAGGGAGGUAACCUCGGCACUGUGCUGGGUGCACUCCAAGUCCAACACGGAGUUCUACUCGGGCUCGCUGGAUGGCUCCAUCAAGUACUGGGAUACGCGCGACAUGAUGAUGUCCAUGCAAGAUCUGCUGCUCGAGCCGGACCCCAAGGAUGUCCAGAAGCGCGCCGAUUCGCACGGUGUGACUGUCUUGGAGUUUGAGUACACCAUUCCAGUGCGCUACGUCAUGGGCAGCGACAUGGGAUGCGUGUUUGUGGGCAAUCGCAAAGCAGUGACUCCGUCCGAGACAAUCCUCGGCCACUUUCAGCUCUUUGCCGGCCCCAUUCGCAGCAUUGUGCGCAAUCCGUUCUUCGUGAAGAACUUCCUGCUCGUGGCCGACUGGCGGUGGCGCAUCUGGUCCGAGGAGGUCAAGAACUGCCCCAGCACGCUGUACUUUAAGAAGCGGAAUCAGCUGACCUGCGGCGCCUGGAGCACGGGCCGCUGCUCCCUGUUCGUUACCUGCGACGACAAGGGCACGCUGGAUUUUUGGGAUUUGCUGAUGAGCCAUCGCACACCCAUUCUGUCGGUGAAGUUCAAGCAGAGAAUUACACACGUGGCAUUCCGCCCUGAUGGCCUUCUGCUUACCGUGAGCCUGGCUGGCGGUGACACAAUGAUGCUCCUUCUCGAGGAUGCCAUGAGGUCAGCUACCGGAAAGGAAAAGGCUCUCAUGGCGGCGCUUUUCGAGCGGGAGAUCUCACGCGGCAAGCUGCUGGAGCAGCGCGAGGAGGAAAUGAAACUGAAAGAGCGUACCACCAAAAUGUUGCAGAAGGAGCUUCGCACCAAUGAGAAACCCCCCAAGCCCUUUCUUCAGUUUGAUAUCAAUAGUCCAGAGGAAUUCGUCAGGCUCAUCGAGGAGGAUCAGGAGUUUAGCAAAUCCCUGCUAGACUUCAACGAAGCAAUGGAACUCAUCGCUAAAAAGCGCUCCAAACGAGUUUUUCCCAUUGAGCGCACUGUCUUUGAGCAGGAACCGGACUCUGAAGACCCCGACACAACCGCUAAAUAAUCACUCAAUUUAUCCGCGUAGAAGUAGACACAGCAUCGUUCGUUUGGGUUUCGUUUUAACUUUGUGGAUUUCUUUUUUCUUUUUCAAAUGCCAAUGUACCCGCCAAAUUUCCGACUAUCGCAUAACAAUACCGA